CAACCUUGUUGAUGAUUUCCACCAAACUUCCGCAACGACGAUGAAUGAUGAUGCGGGCGACCAUCAGCAUCAUCAUGCUUGCUUCAAGACCAACCGCCUCCCCCACCCAGCAUCACCACCGCUGCCACACCCACGCCCUCGCCUCGCUCGUCCUCUUCCUCCUGGCCCUCCUGUCUUUGCGGUGCGACGGUGCGGCGGUGAUGGAGGAGGAUGACGCGGGCGCGCUCCAUAUCAACACGAGCGACCCACUGCUGCAGCCCGUGUACCUCAACGGCAUGGACGUGUCCGCCUUGCUAGCUGCACAGCAGGAUGUGAUUGAAUCGCAGGCGAGCCAGCUGGCGGAGCUGCAGGACGAAAGUAAGGCGCUGCGUGCAUUGCUGUGUCGCAGGUAUCCACUGAGCGCCAGCUUGAUUGCGGGUGCGGGCAGCGUCUCCAGCAAGUGGGCUGGCGGCGUCUUGGCUAAUAACGGCCUCAUCUACGGCAUCCCGUUCUCGGCCGAGUUCGUCCUUAUCAUCGACCCAGCCACGAACACCAUCGAUCUCAGCACCAUUCCAACCCUCUUUGGCGGAAGCAAGUGGUCCGGUGGGGUGCUUGCGGGCAACGGCUUGAUAUUCGGCAUGCCACACGAUGCCCGGUCCGCCUUCAUCAUUAACCCAGAAGCAAACACCGCUGACCCUGUCACCGUGCAAGGGUUCAGCCCCAACCAGGCCAAAUGGGGCAGCGCCGUUCUCGGCAACAACGGCCUCAUCUACGGCAUCCCAUUCACGGCACCCUCCGUCCUCAUCAUCAACCCGGACACCAAAGCCUCAGAUACAGACGCGCUGUCUGGCCUGACCGGCUCGGGGCUGGGUGGGUUCAAGUGGUAUGGCGGCGUCGUCCCCGACACCACGAGCACCAAAAUCUUCUGCAUCCCGCGCGACGCAGAGGCCGUGCUCAUCAUCGACACGGCCACCAACAACACCGACGUCACCGUCAUCGCCGGCCUCCCUCAACAGAGCUUCAAGUGGCUGGGCGGCGUCCUCGCACCCUCGGGCCUCAUCUACAGCAUCCCUGCAGGCAUCAAGAACGUGCUUAUCAUCGACCCCACAGCCAACACCACCGACAUCACCUCCAUCGACGGCUUCUCUGGCAGCAACAAGUGGAUUGGCGGCGUGCGCACCACAGACGGCCGCGUCAUCGGCAUUCCCUACUCUUCGUCCGCUCUUCUUGUCAUCGACCCAGCAACCCAGUCGAGCGAACGCAUCGCACUUGGCCAACUGGACGGCCUCGACCCGUCCGAAUUCCGCUGGUGGGACGGUGUCGUCGCCGACAACGGCGCCGUCUACGCCAUCCCCUUUGACGCACAGCACGUGCUCGUCAUCGACCCGGGCUGCUGACUGGAGAAGUGGGAGGCAUGGGGCGCGAGUAAAUGGGGUGGGGCAGAGACAAGAGGCGCUGGAGGAGGCACAAGAUAUGAGGGGGAUUGUGUUGUGUGUAUGUGUAUGCGUGUGUGUGUGUGUGUAUUUCACAGAUAGCGUG